AUGGGGUUAGGAACUUUCACAACAGCUAUGGUCGGGGCUUUAAUAGCCGCCAAUACUGCCAUUGCAGUGUAUACGGAACUUCCGAGCAAUCUGACCGAAGUGGAUGUGAUCAUAGCCGGAGGCGGUACGGCUGGAAGCAUCAUUGCGACUCGCCUCGCCGAGGCGGAUCCUGCCCUUUCUAUCCUGGUCAUCGAACAGGGCCAAGACAGCUUCAACGUGACCAAUGUCAUUUACCCGGCACUCUUUGAGAGGAACACCCUGCCUGGGUCUGACACGGCCUUGUUUUGGAAAGCAAACAAGUCUCCCCAACUCGCAGAUCGAGAGCCUGUCGUCGAGACUGGCGGUAUCCUGGGCGGUGGAUCAUCUAUUAACUGGAUGGUUUACACACGCGGCCAGUGGGAUGAUUUCGAUGCCUGGAAUACCUCCGGGUGGACUGCAGAGGACGUAUUACCGUACUUAGCAAAGACAGAGACGUAUCACGGCGCGACUACAAACAUAUCAACGCACGGCUACGAAGGCCCAAUUCACAUCUCUAAAGGAACACACCAAGCACCACGCGCCGAAGAAGGUUUCAUCAAGGGCGCCGUCAGUACUGGAUUCGAUGAGAUCGUAGACCUUCAAAGCUUGCACUCCAACAAUGGUUCAGGCCCGUGGUACCGCUACGUCUCUCCGGAAGACGGGCGUCGACAGGACGUCGGCCAUCGUUAUCUCCAUCCUGCACUACAAAGCGGUGAAUAUCCCAAUCUCCACGUUCUGGUUGAGACACAGGUCCUUCGCGUCUUAUUUGACGAGACUAAGCGCGCUACCGGCGUCGAAUUCCGACCGAACCCCAAUUUUGCAAAGGGGGUUCAGGAUAACAGCACCAGAAGUAUUACGGCGAAGAAGCUUGUCGUCGCCUCAAGCGGCUCUUUCGGUACCCCACUUCUUCUCGAACGAUCCGGAGUCGGGGAUCCCGCGGUACUUGAGAAAGCUGAAGUACCCGUUGUUGAAUCUCUUCCGGGUGUAGGAAACGACUUUCAGGGCUACGUCUACCGCACCUCUCUUACUCAAAAUGAAACCAUCAACGGAAUCGCCCGCAAUGACAGGGGCCGGGACGUCCCGGCCAUGAUCGCCGCAGAUGACCCGCAACUCGGAUGGAACGGUCACGAUGUCUCGAGCAAAUUGCGCCCUUCCCCUGCAGAUGUUGCAGCCCUUGGCCCAGAAUUUCAAGCUGUUUGGGACAGAGACUUUAAGGAUGUCCCUAACCGACCUCUCAUGGUCUGGGGUCUCUUCAACGCCUUCUUUGGCGACCCAGCUGCGUUACCAGAUGAUGCCGAAUACGUCACCACAGCGCCGUGGGUCACGUAUCCGUACGCUAGGGGACACGUUCACAUCACCGGGCCUAGCAUCGAUGAUCAUUAUGACUUUGAUCCAGGGUGGCUACUUGACGAAGACGACAUCGAUUUGAAGAGCCACAUCUGGGGCUACAAAACGCAGAGAACCAUGUCACGCCGGAUGGAAAUCUUCAGAGGUGAACUCGCGUCAGGGCAUCCAAAGUUCCCGGAAGGCUCCAAUGCUUCUAUUGUCGAAGUUGCAGAUGGCCCCAUAACAGACGAGAUCCGUUAUUCAACCGAAGACAAUGCAGUCAUUGUGCAGUACAUCCGAGAAAAUAUCGGCACCUCGAGACAUCCUCUUGGUACAUGCAAGAUGGCGCCGCUGGAAGCGACCGGUGUUGUCGACCCCAGGCUGAACGUGUACGGACUUUCGGGCUUUAAGAUCGCUGACUUGAGUACUCCGCCCAAACAGGUUGCCGCGAACCUUUACAACACAGCAUUGAUGCUUGGAGAAAAGGCAGCGGAUAUCAUCAUCCAGGACCUGGGCCUAGAUCUAGAACAAUGA